GCUAUCUGAAAGCGACGCAAAAGCAGCUCAGUCACCUGGUGCUCCCGGAGCGCACAUCCCACUUCUGGGGAUAGGCAGACCCCGGCAAGCCGGGGCGGCCGCCGUGCUCAGCGACCACACGUGAAGCUGCGAGCGCUGGGCCCAAACGCCGCGGCCGCCGCGGUCCGGCCGUGCGGCCUCUCGGGCCCUCGGGCUUCCUCGCACACCCGACGGGGGUCACCAGAGACCCACCUCUGGGCGCGGCUGUGAGGAGCAGCCGCCCGAAGCGCCCAGGGCAGGAGCCUCCCGGUUGCGGCUGCCGUCGCUAGGAUCCCAGCUGCCGCCGCCCAGAGCCGCGGGAAAACCGCAGGAACCCCGAUUACCCGCAGGAUUCUCCCGAGACCACGCAGCGAGGCGCGGCUCCGAGCCUCUGCGGGCGCCCCUGACCCGACCCUCGGGGGCAGGGUUCCUGGAUGGAGCAAGGGAGAAUGUAUGGAGAGGGGAUCCCCCAGAGCAAGCUGGAGGCGUCACCAAGCCCCUCAACCUACACCAGCUUCCCAGGAUCUCCAAGCCUCUAAUGGAGAAGAAGCGACGGGCACGCAUCAAUGUGUCCUUGGAGCAGCUGAAGUCGUUGCUGGAAAAACACUACUCACACCAGAUCCGGAAACGCAAGUUGGAGAAGGCAGACAUACUGGAGCUGAGCGUCAAGUACAUGAAAAGCCUUCAGAACUCGGUGCAAGGGCUCUGGCCGGUCCCCCUCGGAGCUGAGUUCCCGUCGGGCUUCCGCAGCUGUCUGCCCGGCGUUGGUCAGCUUCUGCGGCGCGGAGAAGAGGGCGGCGGUGGCCUGCGCUGCCCCCUGGCGCACGAGCGCGCAGGUGGCAGCACCAUGGACAGCGCCAGCCCGAGCCGGGAGGCGCCCGAGCCGCUCGGCCCCUGCGCCCCCGCCGUUUGGGCCCCUGCUCCGGCCACCGGCGGCUCGCGGUCCCCGCCACCCCGGCUCCUCUUCCCUGGAGGUCUUCCCGGCCGGUCCUCCAGCGUCCCGGGGCCGCAGCCGGCACCUCGCCGCUGCGCCGAGAGCCCGGGGCCGCGUCUGGGCGUUUGGCGGCCUUGGUGAGUCCCAGCGCCGCCUCGGACUCAAGAGGGCUCCCGUCCGGCCUGGAGACGCAGAGACAGUUCAGAGCGCGCCUGCGGUGCUGGCGGGGACCCCCAGUCAUCCGUGCCGGUCCCGUGGCAGGGGUGACUGGGAGGCUGCCGCGCGCCUCGCGGCCGCGGAGACCGAAAUCCAGCCCCCCCAGCCCCACCUACUCAAGCCAGACCCGCUCCCUCUUCCCACCUUCUCGUGGGGCUGGGAGGGGAUGUCCGAAGCUGCGCCUCUUUCCCAGGGCCCCCGGCGGGCAGCCCGCCCCCGCCCCCGCCCGGCGGCCACGCCGCGGUGGGAAGGUCGCCGUCCGCAGCGGCGCAGAGCGGACCCCUCGCAGCGAGGAGAAUCGCUGCCCCGCCCCGGCCCAUUCAGCCGGCGGCGGACGCCCGGUUCCCACCGGCACAAAGCGCGCCGGGUCCCGCCCCGCCGGCGAGGGGCCCCCAGCCCACCCCCACCUUGGACCCUCUCGGCUUCCACGGAUCCCCACCCCCUCGGCUCGCGGCGCAGCCCACCCGGCAGGCGCGCUCUCCGAGGCCCGCCCCGCUCCGAGGCCCAGCCGGGAGCGGUCCUGGCCCGGCAGCCCUCCCCCAAGAUGCUCCACCCCCCGCUCGGUGCGCCCCACGCCCAGCCGCGCGCGGAUCCUCAGGGACCCGGCCUCCCGACCUCUGGGGCCGCUGCAGAGCCCGCGACCCUCGACCACCGCGGAGCGCUCGGCGCCCGGCUGUUCGUCCGAAAGCGAGGUCGUUGCUGUGCUCGGACUCUACCCCGGGGUCCCGAUUCUCCAGCGGCGCCCGGGAUCGGGGACGGGAAACCGCGCGGAGCCCGGGAAGAACUCCUGGCACGUCCCGCUCGAGAUUCAGAAUACAGACAGGGCAGACCUGUGCAAUGGGUAUAAAGAGACCACGAAGGUCCACAUUUCUCUCA